ACGAAAAGAUGAUGACAGAGGCAUUCCUGCAGCAGUGGAAGGCCUACGCUUCUGCUGGUUUGACCACCGUAACUGAUCUUGCCUACAUGCCGAACCAAAGGUGGACGAGAUUCUGAAAAAAAUGGCUGAUGCGCCCGACUUUCCAGUCCGUCUGGGCUUAUAUAAACUGAUCCAUGCAGUGAGAGAUGAAGACUUGGACAGCGCGUCUGGUCCUACUCCCCCAAAAGUUAGGUGCUGCAGCCAGCUCGGUCGCACACGAGCCAAGGAGGCCAGGGGCAGUGCUAAAAACUACGAAGGGGGUGUCGGCAACUACAGCCCCAGAUUGUGGGAGGCGGGUCUGAAGCUGAUAGCCGACGGCUCCCCGCAUUGCGGCACCGCUGCUACCCGUGAGCCAUUCAUGUUCACCCCACUAACUGAGACCCUAGGCUUCCCCAAGGCGCCCAGCUACGGUAUCCUGAACAUGGAGACGGAUGCACUCUUCGACACCGUCAAGAGGCACCACCAGGAGGGGAAACAGAUAGCAAUCCACUGCCACGGGGAGAGGAGCUGUGAACAAGUCUUGAAAGUAUACGAAAAGAUCCUGACUCAAUUCCCCAACCAGGACAACCGUCAUCGCAUGGAGCAUCUAGGUCUGAUGACUGUGGACCAGAUUGCCCGGGCCGGUAAGAUCAACCUGGCGCUUUCCUUCUUCGUGGAUCACCUCCGCUUCUACGCCCUUGUUUACAAGACGAACAUCUUUGGUGAUCGUGUCAACCGCUGGACUCCAAUCUCCGAAGCGACCAAGAAUGGCAUAACCUGGACCAUUCACCAGGAUCAUCCAACGUUCCCUGGAGAAGCCAAUCCUUUCUCCAACAUCAAGACGGCUGUCACUCGCUGCACCAGGGACGACCCUAACACUCCCUACGGCCCUGAGUACUGCGUGUCCGUCCACGAAGCUCUCAAGGCCUACACCGUGAACGCGGCCUGGCAGCUUCACCGGGACAAGGAGAUAGGAAGCAUCAAGGCCGGCAAGAAGGCUGACCUGGUGGUGUUGUCUGAGAACCCGUACGACGUGAACCCAGUAGACUUGGAUAGGAUCCGGGUCAUCGAGACCUUUGUGGACGGGCGACGCAACAAGUUGGCCAAAAUCAAGACCAUACCCACUGUCAACGUGAAGUUCCUGGACCGACCCCUAGAACAGCGCUAAAUAAAUCAGGGGUUUUGUUAUGAUCUUUGUACGCAUAAAAACACUGCAGUUAGCUGAUUUCAUUAUAAGCACAUCUGGAGAAGGUUUCACUCGCUUACGUUCUUGGUGGAAUAAAUAAAACUUAUCCUUAAAUAACGGAAAUGUUUAGAUUAAAAAGGUCUUGACCGUCUUAGAGAUUAACAACUAGAAGGAUAUUCACCAAAUAAAUACACCAUUUGAUCAAAGAAAGAGCUGCGAUUCAUGUGCAUGGGUUGGACGAGCGGAAAUCUUACUAGCUUUAGGAAUUUUAUGAGUUCUUCAUUGGUUGAUUUGCCUAUGAUGGAAGUUACGGUUGAAGUUGUAGUUUCAGAAGAUCAUAGUUUUGUAGAAGUUUAGUUUCUAGCCACCGCGUGCUAUCGAUUCGGCGUAAAUAUGAAACAAUAAUGAGUGCAUAAGUUUGAUAGAGAGAUAAAAAAGUCAAAAAAAAGCAUAAAAGUAUUGGGUUUAGUAUAAGUUCUAUCUGUAACCAAAUUUGUACUUACUCGAAAUUAUAUGAUCCUUGUGAUUCAAUAUCAGCUAUAGCUGGAUUUUUAACAUUGGGGGAACUCCGAAUAAUAGCCAGUUGGUUUAUUUUUGCGUAGUAAGAAUUUAUUAUAGGCCUAGUUAAUACUUACCAUACAGUUAACAAGAGAAUUGUUCAAACCCCUCAUAAAUGUUAGUUUUUUGUGUGUUUCCCUAAACAAAGGAGAGCAUAUAAUAUUCGGACCAUAGUUGAAUACUUUUGGCUGUCAGGUAUAAAUAACUAAUGGGUUUGGUUAUACCUCAUUUGUAUAACAAAGAGAAUGCGACAUUGUUUAAAUUCUGACAUGCUCGGAAUAUUUCAUACCCUUCUGCAUGUCAUGUAUUUGGCCACAUUCCUCCUUUUUUAUUAGUACUUAUUUUCCUGCACUGUAUUUCUACGAGUAUCCAUUAGAAGCUACAUACCGUAACAGAAUUUGGCGAAUGCAUAAACAAGCAAACUGACAAUGCGACAAAACUUUACAGAAAUCCGAUGUUCAAAUCUAUAAAUCUGUACAAAACUGACAUUUUCAAAAUGUAAGCCCGACACCACUAUCAUUCCACAAGAACAGGAUGUGUCCAAAUAUGCUUCGCCGCGUAUUUCCAAAUAGAUCUUUCGCAUUGGGCCGUAUGUUUAAGGAUUAAGGAUUAGAACGAAAGCAGAGUUUGGGGAUCGGCUGAGUGAGAUGAGCCUUCAGGCUGGUUUGCGGUUGGGCUAUAUAGGCUGGGUUGAGUGGGGUAUGGGCGUGGAUCUGGGACAAUGGCUAUGGUGAGAAACGUUUACUUUUAAGUUAUUGUAUCAAUCAAAAAUAAUAUAAAAACACCAAUAAACAUCUAAUCUAUUAUGGAUCCAAAAAUAUAAACGCCGGUGCCUCCUUUAGGCAAGUUUAUACACAAGCAAUGACGUGACUCUCUUUUUUUUUGAAAAUCGCAACGCACCUGUUGAACUGCUACUUUAAAGUGCACGUGUUUCAGUGCUGUUCAGGGUAAGCAGGGAAUGAAAAAGUACACGCAGACUAGAGCGCAUCAAUGCAUGAGUACACGUAAUAGCAAACAAAAAGAGCUAAUUCACACAAAUGAAUGAACAAACGAGACGGUGACUAAGUUAUGAGUAAAGUAGGCUGAUAUAAUAGACCUUUGAUAAUAGACCGUUGAUCUUAUUGCAAGUAAUUAUCUACACAGUUUUUAACGUAGGUUGAACAAUACAUGUACAUGUAUAUUCAUUUCAUCGACGAAGCCUGUGUUUCUGAGAUAUCGAUACAAUUAAAAUCCCACUAAAAUUGAAA